AUGGCAGUUACUGGUCGCUUAGCUGAUAUUGCGCAAAAGUCUGCUGUCCUUCUUCUUGCUGGAACAACAGUUUAUUACAUGGUCAAUGUUGGCAUGCUUGUUAAUCGCCGAAUGGAGUUAAAGAAACAAGGAAAAUUACAAGAAGAACUUGCUCGUUUGAAUGGUCUAAUGGAUCAACAAAAUGACAGAAUACUCCAUGCUGAAACCUCAACAACACCAACUCCACUUCCCGACACGGAUACACCCGGUACUGUUAAAGACCUUUAA